GCAGCAACGACAAACAGGCAGCAACGACGACAACAAACAGGCAGCGACGACGACAACAAACAGGCAGCGACGACGACAACAAACAGGCAGCGACGACGACAACAAACAGGCAGCAAUAACGACAACAAACAGGCAGCGACGACGACAACAAACAGGCAGCAACGACGACAACAAACAGGCAGCGACGACGACAACAAACAGGCAGCAACGACGACAACAAACAGGCAGCGACGACGACAACAAACAGGCAGCGACGACGACAACAAACAGGCAGCAAUAACGACAACAAACAGGCAGCGACGACGACAACAAACAGGCAGCAAUAACGACAACAAACAGGCAGCAACGACAACAACAAACAGGCAGCGACGACGACAACAAGCAACAACGACAAACAACACCAGCUCAGGAGUACAACUCUCCACCAAUCCACAAAGUAUGUGA